ACGCACGCACACACACACACACACAGAGAGAGAGAGAGAGAGAGAGAGAGAGAGACGGUGUCCCUCGUGCUCCCCCGACAGCGCGCGCACACACGCGUAAACACACACACGCGCAGUCUUCUCCAACACGCGCGUGCGAUUUGUUUCUGCGUCCGUCCGUUAACUAGCCAGUUGUCAUCACCGCCGUAAUUUUUCCUCAAGACUUUUUUUCUCUUUCUUUCUUUCUUUCUUUCUCUUCAGUUCCAUGAGGCUGUACCUGUAUAAUCAGCGAGCACGAGACUUCUGAGGAUUGGUGAAAAAGUACAGGAGAGCGGGAAAGAGCUUCCUCUCUCACAGCUAAUCUAGGUUAAAGGUCAAGAGUCAAAGGUCAUGCCCUCAGUGUGAACCAGCAUGUUCCACACAUUCCCCAACAAAUCCAAGCCGCAUUCCCCAGUCUCUCUGGAGAAGACCUACUCGCUCACAGCGCAUUACGAUGACUUCCAGGAAGUGAAGUAUGGCAGCCGGUACAGCAGCAACGGCAUGAGCUUGACACUGGGCGGGUCGCUGGAUCGUAGUGGGCGGUCCCGUGGUGGGGCAGGAGGCGGAGUCGGUGGGAGUAAGUCCUCCAGUACUGAGAGGUGGAGUCGCCGUGAGAUCUGCCUGCUUUCUGCGCUGGUGUUUGCCGGUGGUGUGUGCGUGAUCCUGGGCUGCAUGCUGGCGCUGAAGUUAGUCUGGCUGGGCGCUCAGGACACUCAGUGCGAGCGGGAAUGUGGGACGAUGCGGCGCUCGCUCCUGAGGGCUGCUCGCUUCGUCCAGUCCAACGUAGAUGCCAGCGUGGCGCCGUGUCAUGACUUCUACAGCUUCGCAUGUGGUGGCUGGCUGCGACGACACGCUAUUCCCGAGGACAAACUCAGCUACGGCGUCAUCACGGCCAUCGGAGAGCAGAACCAGGAGAAGCUACAGCGACUGCUGGAGGAACCAGUCAGGAGGAAGGGACCUGAUAGUGCUGAGAGAAAGGUGAAGGAGUUUUAUCGUUCCUGCAUCAACAUCCAGGAAAUUGACCGGCUCGGAGCUGAGCCCAUGAUGGAGGUGAUUGACAGCUGUGGUGGGUGGGACUUGGCUGGAGCUCCUCCCGGAGGUGCGGGUUGGGAAAGCGGCUCUGUCCCAACGAGACCUGACUUUAACGAGAUGCUCUAUAGGACCCAGGGGGUGUACAGCACAGCCGUCUUCUUCUCACUCACUGUUAACGUGGAUGAUAAAAACUCGUCACGCAAUGCCAUACGAAUUGAUCAGGAGGGUCUGACGCUGCCUGAAAGAACUCUGUACCUGGGCCAGGAUGAAGACAGUGUGAAGAUCCUGGCAGCCUACAAGGCACUAAUGGAGCGGCUGCUGAGCAUGCUGGGAGCUCAUAACGCCACAGUGAAGUCCCGUGAGAUACUGGACCUUGAGAUGAGACUGGCUAAUAUCACUGUGUCUGAAUUCGAGGAUCAGAGAAAAGAUAUCAGCAGCAUGUACAACCGCAUCACACUGAAACAGCUCCAACGCAUGGCUCCUGGUUUACACUGGAAGCGACUGCUGGAUAGAAUAUUCCACGAUAAUUUCUCCGAGGAAGAAGAGAUUGUGGUCCUGGCCACAGACUACAUGCACAAAGUCUCUGACAUCAUCAAGACCACAUCAAAAAGGGUUCUGCAUAACUACAUGCUGUGGAGGAUCGUUGCGGCGCUCAGUGAGCACUUAUCCACGGGGUUCCGAAGCACUAUCCACGAGUUCUCGCGGGAGAUUGACGGAACCGAACGACAACUGGAGCUCGACCAGCUGUGUCUCAAUCAGGCCAACAAACACUUUGGCAUGGUGCUGGGUGCACUCUUCGUCCAGACACACUUCUCCUCUCGUAGCAAGGCCAAGGUACAGGAGCUGGUGGAGGACAUAAAGCACUCGCUGGAUGUCAGACUGCAGGAGCUGGACUGGAUGGAUGAAGAAACCAAAGAGGCAGCAAGAGCCAAGCUUCAGUAUAUGAUGGUGAUGACGGGUUAUCCAGACUUCCUGUUAAAGCCGGAGCUCAUCGAUCAGGAAUACGGGUUUGAAGUGAAUGAGAAGACGUAUUUCAAAAACAUCCUGAACAGCAUCAAGUACAACAUCAACCUGUCUAUCAACAAGAUCCACAAGGAAGUGGACAAGACGACGUGGCUUCUUCCACCCCAGGCGCUCAAUGCUUACUAUCUUCCAAACAAGAACCAGAUGGUUUUCCCAGCAGGAAUUCUCCAGCCGACUCUGUACGAUCCAGAAUUCCCACAGUCUCUAAAUUAUGGAGGAAUUGGAGCAAUCAUCGGACACGAGCUAACACAUGGAUACGAUGACUGGGGUGGUCAGUACGAUCGCUACGGUAACCUGAAGCAGUGGUGGACCGAGGAGUCUUACAGAAAGUUCCAGAAGAAAGCAGAGUGUAUCAUCAAACUGUACGACAACUUCACCGUGUACAAUCAGCGGGUGAACGGGCGUCUCACACUGGGAGAGAACAUCGCUGAUCUCGGGGGGCUGAAACUCUCCUACUAUGCCUAUCAGAAGUGGGUAAGGGAUCACGGUCCAGAGCGGCCACUACCAGGCCUUAAAUACACACACGAGCAGCUGUUCUUUAUAGCCUUCGCCCAGAACUGGUGCAUGAAGAGGCGGUCUCAGUCCAUAUACCUUCAGCUGCUAACCGACAAACACGCCCCUGAGCACUACAGAGUUAUUGGCAGUGUGUCUCAGUUUGAUGAGUUCGGUCGUGUGUUUCACUGCCCGAAAGGAUCUCCUAUGCAUCCUGUCAACAAGUGCUCCGUCUGGUGACCUUCUGACCUUCAUCACUGACCUCUGACCUCUCACCUUUCAUCAUCCAUCCAGAUUUCUCUGUAUGCCCUCAGUGGACAUGAAAUCACCCUCACACAGGCAGAGCAAAGGGGAAAUGUUUUAGAGUGCUGCUACGAGCUUAAAGUGUUCGUUAUAUCAUGAAUUAAACAGCGUUGUCAUGGUUACAAUAUACAUCUUAUUUGAACACUUAGGGUUAAUCAAGUGUUCAGUCGACAAGGCCGUGCAGACUGAAACAGCGUAUGUGUACAGACAUAUUGGCUUGCAAACUAGUUAGCCUACUGACUAGCGUGCUACCUAGCUAGCAUAAUAAAGUUUAAUGCCCACUUUGAGCAAAUGUAUUUUUUAAAUAAUUUUAAUAAUUAAUAAUUUUAAUCAUUUUUUUUUACAUAAAAUUUUCCAUUUACAUAAACAUCUUCAUCCACCCUGAAAAAAAAACACGCAAUGCCUUCUGGGUAUGUCUUGAAAUAUAGAGUGAAAAAAACUAUAAAGUUUACAUUAAAGUUUUACAUUAAAGUCUUACGCAAUUUGACAAAAACAGGAGUCAAGUGAACUUUUAUCAAUAAACUGUAAUUGAGCUGAUAAAAAAAAAACUGUAAAAGUCUUUCAAAUGGCAAAAAGUUACAGAAGUACCGUGUCAACUUUUCUUUAAUAAAAUUCCUUAAUAAUUUCUUUAAUAAUUCAUGAGCUUUUUGUUUUUCAGUGCUGCUUUCCUACGCAUCUUUAGUGUGUAAACUUAUUUUUUCUACAUAAAUAUAACCUUAAAGAAUCGUAUAUUUAUUUAUUUUUAUAUUCUAAUUAAUAGUGUUCAUGAUUUAUUCUUAUUAGCUAUAAGAAAUAGUUUUGAGGUGGUGUGUGUGUGUGUGUGUGUGUGUGUGUGUGAGUUGCACUUCAUAUUUCGGAAACUCGAUUUAAAAGCUGCUACACAAAUCUUCUCACAAAUAAUUUCAAGAAGACAACCUCUUUAAUAACUGUAACUCAGUAAAAUCACACAGUUUGGUCACGUUAGCAGAGUGUGGUAAUUUUUUUGGAAUUUAGGGAAAUUUUAAGGAAUUUUGGUUAAUUUUUUGAAAAUCUGGGGAACCUUUGGGAUUUUGGAAAGGAAUUCUGGUAAUGUUUUGGAAUUUUGGGGGGAAUUUUUUUUUUAUGUUUAAAAUGUAUCUUUUAGUUUAUGAAAAAUUAUAAAAAUGUGAAAUGGCAUCAGAUUGUAAAUUUACAGGAUCUGCCAAUGUUAUUUAUGAUCAUGGUUGUGGUGGGGGGAGGGGUGUUUGCAUUUGUAUCUUUUCUUACAUGUUAAUUUGUACAAAAUUUGACAAAAAUGACAAAAUCGUCUCCAUUGAAUUCCAUUGAACUUUGUGUCGUUGAUUCAUUUUGUUUGUUUUUGGAUUUUAAUUUGUUAAAUCAUACCUGUGCAUGUUUCUAUUUCUCAUUUACAUCAAAUAGACAAACUUCUUACGCAAAUUUGUGAGAGGAACCCAGGUUAUGAUUCCGAUGGUAAUCCGAGAAGAUGGUGAUGGACAUCGUAAGGAUGGAUGUAUUUCGCAGCGCUGACUCUGAUUUCUGAUUCGUACAAAGUGAUUGUGAUUUUUACUGAUGUGAAACAACUCUUACGUUUUUUUUUUCCUUGUAAUGUCAUAACUGGAACAAUGGCUUUGUUAUUGUUCAUGUCUGUGUUCUGUGUGUUCAGAUCUAUUGAUGCAAGUUUUUCUCUCUUCAGGUGUUAAGACUGUAUAUUACAAAAAUAAAUAAAUAAAUAAAUCACAAUA